CUAGCUGGUCAAGCUACUUUAUUACCUAUACUAUAUUUACUUGAAGCUUUAUUAUUAAAUUAAUUAUAUAAAUUUUAAUCACAUAGUGUGUGUUUAUAAAAAUGUAAACUAAUUAUUAUCUUGGUUUUAAAUAUAUAAGUGAUAAAAAAUUUAUAGCUUAGUGCAAUUAAGAAAAAGUUCAAGUUUGCAAAGAAAAUGGCAGAUAUUUUAGAUAUAUUAGACAUAGAACACCCAGGAGCAUCAGAAAUAACAAGGGACAGUAUUAUCCACGGUGACAAAGUAAAAAAGAAAUAUGUUACAACUAAGGCUGUACGGCGUCCUGAAGGCAUGCACCGUGAAGUGUUUGCCUUGCUUUACAACGAUAAUAAGGACUUGCCUCCUCUUCUACCUACGGAUACCGGGAAGGCCUAUAAACAAACAAAAGCAAAGCUUGGUAUGAGAAAAGUGAGAAAAUGGGUAUGGGCACCAUUCACAAACCCAGCACGCAAAGACAAUGCUGUUUUUCAUCACUGGAAAAGAGCCUCAGACGAAGCUAAAGAAUACCCAUUUGCACAGUUCAAUAAGCAAGUAUCAAUUCCUUCAUACUCUGAAUCAGAAUAUAAUCAAUACCUUAAAUCAGAAGAUUGGAGUCAAGCAGAAACUGACCACUUAAUUGACCUUUGUCAAAGGUUCGACCUGAGAUUCAUUGUUAUACAUGACCGAUGGGAUAAAGCUGCAUUUCGAGACAGAAGUGUGGAGGAUUUAAAAGAGAGAUACUACAAUAUUUGUAGUAUCUUAAGCAAAGUUAAGACAAACCCAUGGUCUAACACAGUGACAAUGGUGAAUGGAGAAAAAAGAAUAUAUCAUUAUGAUGCUGAACACGAAAGGAAAAGAAAGGAACAAUUGAAAAGGCUAUUUGACAGAACACAAGAACAGAUUGAUGAAGAACAGAUGUUACUAACAGAAUUGAAAAAGAUUGAAGCAAGAAAACGUGAAAGGGAUAGAAAAACACAGGACUUACAAAAGUUAAUAUCAAGAGCCGAUAGUGGUAACAGUACUACAAACAAUCAGGCUAAUGUGACCAAUGAAGCAGCUAUGCCAACGAAUACAGUUUCAAACAUAGUGAGGCGACACGAUAGGAAGCUACAUAAAAAAAAGCUGGCAACCCAGCAGAGGCCAGUGCGUACAGUGGAGACUGUUACAGUAGAGUGGUCUGGUAUAAAGUUUCCCGAAGCACGUGGAACUGGUGUGUGGCUUCGGUCUCAACGUAUGAAAUUACCUCCAGGUGUUGGCCAGCGUAAAACAAAAGCAAUUGAACAAGAGUUACGUCUUAUGAAUAUUGAUAUUGCUCCUACCCCAACUGAAGCUAUUUGCAAACACUUUAAUGAAUUACGUUCUGAUCUUGCUCUGGCAUUGGAUCUGAAGAAUGCGCUAGCCUCGUGUGAGUUUGAACUGCAAGCCUUAAGACAUCAAUACGAAGCUCUAAAUCCAGGAAAGACUUUAAGCAUCCCUCCUUCAAUAUGCAACACUAAUGCUGAUGGAGAAGCAAAGCCUUUAGGUGAAAUCAUUGACGUUGUUGGAUCUCCAGGUGCUUUAAACUCAACAAUUUAAUUGCCUAAUUGUAAUUCAAAAAUGUUCUUAAUAUGUCACGAAAAUAGCCUUUCAUAUCUAGUUUCUUUUUAAAGCAGUAUUUGUCAUAUGAAUGUAUAUUUCUCUGUAUGUAAAUAAUAAUAACAAAUAUUUUAGCAGUCUAUGCUGUUACAUCUUCAAGUGAUUGCCAUUAGUACCAUGUAAUUUAACUGUGAGUGUAAUAUUUAUACACUUAAAAUUAUUAUACUGAGAAUUUUAUAAUGUCAUUGUGAGUUCUAUUUCUGUAGUUUUAUAAUUAGUAACUUUCAAUGAGGAAAUUAUUGAAAUGAAAUUCAUGUAACUAGUAAUUAGUAAGUUUUGUAAGAUUUUAUCCUCAGAUUAUUUAUAUAUUUAGAUGGUGUUGCACUGCAAAAAAACUAAACAAAAGAGCCAAUUUUAUUUUAUCAUGCGUUUGACAGCUUGACGCUAGCCAAAUAUUAUACUUCUUUACUAGUUUGCAUGUACUUAGUGACAAACUGGCAACAAUUUUUUUGAUGCAUUCUCAGCUUUGCCUAUCUUUCUAGGCAUAUAAAUAAUCAAAGGUGAUAUCUUUUAGAUUUUUACAUAUAAGUUAUAUAAAGAAAAAUUAAAUAAAUGACUUUUUUCUUAA